AUGAGUGCUGAGCCCAGAGGGAAAGGGCCUGGGCCAGGAUCAAGAGGAAGAGGUUUCCAGCGGUGGAGAGUAAGAGGAGGAUGGCAAGGGAGAGGAAAAGUGCAAGGACAGAGAGGAGACUGGAAAAACACGGCUGGGAAGCCGGGAUCAGUUCCAUCCCAGCUCAUUCAAGCGACACUGAACCCCAUUAGUCCUUACAGAGGCUGGAAGCUUUAUUUCUCAGAAGCAUAUGAUGACAACUCCCCUUUUGUUCAGAAGAUUGGAGCAUUUGAAAAGUUUUUCACGUCUCACAUAGACUUUUAUGAUAAGGAUGAAGUAGAAAGUAAAGGAAGCAUUCUUGUGGAUUAUAAAGAGUUGAUUAAUGCUGAAGAAGUAGUUGAGUCAAUACCUGAUAUUUCCACUGAGUUUAGGGAUAUGCCACAGAAAAUACUGGACUGCAUGGGCUUGGCGAUUCAUCAGGUGCUAAGCAAAGAUCUUGAGAAACAUGCAGCAGAACUGCAGGCUCAGGAAGGACUGUCCGUUGACGAGGAACCCAUAAUCAACGUGCCGUAUAUCCAUGCAAGAGUCUAUAACUAUGAGCCGCUUACCCAGCUAAAGAAUAUUCGAGCCAAUUGCUAUGGGAAAUACAUUGUGGUGCGUGGCACUGUUGUGCGUGUCAGUAAUAUUAAGCCUUUCUGCACCAAGAUGGCGUUUAUAUGCAGCUCAUGUGGAAAUAUUCAGAGUGUAUCUCUGCCUGAUGGAAAAUACAUACCCCCUACAAAGUGUUCUUUGCCUGAAUGCCACGGACGAUCAUUCACUGCAGACAGACGUUCUCCUUAUACCAUUACUGUGGACUGGCAGUCUAUUAAGAUUCAGGAGCUCAUGUCAGAUGAUCACAGAGAAGCCGGUAGAAUUCCUCGCACCAUAGAAUGUGAGCUGAUUCAGGAUCUAGUAGACAGCUGUGUCCCAGGAGAUGUGAUCACUGUCACAGGAAUUGUCAAGGUCUCCAGCAGUGAGGAGGGGACAUCUAAAAACAAAACCGAUAAAUGCGUCUUCCUGUUAUACAUCGAAGCAAACUCCAUCAGCAACAAUAAAGGACAGAAAGUCAAGGAUUAUGAACAGGGAACGCACCAUCGGCCAUGCAUGGAGUUCUCGCUUAGAGAUCUUUACGCUGUCCAGGAGAUCCAGGCAGAAGAGCACCUGCUCAAACUCAUUGUCAACUCCCUUUGUCCUACUAUCUACGGUCAUGAGAUAGUGAAAGCCGGCUUAGUGCUGGCAUUAUUUGGAGGAUGCCAAAAAUACGUGGAUGAUAAAAACAGGAUUCCUGUUCGAGGAGACCCACAUAUCUUGGUGGUUGGGGAUCCAGGAUUGGGGAAGAGUCAGAUGCUGCAGGCUGUAUGCAACAUUGCUCCUCGCGGAGUGUAUGUUUGUGGCAAUGCCACAACUACAUCUGGCCUGACGGUCACUCUGUCUAGAGACGGUGCCUCUGGGGAUUUUGCUUUGGAAGCUGGUGCCCUCGUACUUGGAGAUCAAGGAAUUUGUGGAAUAGAUGAGUUUGACAAGAUGGGCAACCAGCACCAAGCCUUGCUGGAAGCAAUGGAACAGCAAAGUAUCAGCCUCGCGAAGGCUGGUAUCGUUUGCAGCUUGCCAGCUAGGACGUCAAUAGUAGCGGCGGCCAAUCCAGUUGGAGGUCACUAUAACAAAGGCAAAACGGUAUCGGAGAAUCUGAAGAUGGGAAGUGCCUUAUUGUCCCGGUUUGACUUGGUGUUCAUCUUGCUGGACAUACCAAAUGAGGACCACGACCACCUGCUCUCCGAACACGUCAUGGCAAUGCGUGCUGGGAAACAGGCUGGGUGUAGCAGCGCUGUAGUGACACGUGGAAGCUCACAAGAUUCACAUGUGUCAGUCCUUGAAGCCUUUCCAGAUAAGCCGUUAUCAGAACGUUUAAAGGUCAUUCCUGGAGAAACUUUCGACCCAAUUCCACACCAACUGUUAAGGAAGUAUGUUGGCUACGCUCGGCAGUAUGUACAUCCCAGGCUGUCUCCAGAAGCUGCUCAGGUCCUGCAGGAUUUUUACCUUGAGCUUCGACGGCAGAGUCAAAGAGCAGACGGUAUGCCUAUCACUACAAGGCAACUCGAGUCCUUGAUACGUCUUACAGAGGCCCGAUCAAGGUUGGAAUUAAGGGAAAAGGCCACCAAAGAAGAUGCUGAAGAUGUCGUAGAAAUAAUGAAAUACAGCAUGUUAGGAACCUACUCUGAUGAGUUUGGAAGAUUGGAUUUUGACCGUUCUCAGCAUGGUUCUGGUAUGAGCAACAGAUCACAAGCAAAGAGAUUUGUUUCUGCCCUCCAUCGCAUUGCAGAAAGAACCUACAACAAUGUCUUUGAGUUUCAGCAGCUCCGGCAAAUUGCCAAGGAGGCAAACAUAAAAGUGGCUGAUUUUGAAAAUUUUAUUGGAUCUUUAAACGAUCAGGGUUAUUUCUUGAAAAAAGGUCCAAGAUUAUAUCAGCUUCAAACUAUGUGAGGGAACAGGUCCAGUAGAACACCGUGUUGUGUUGUGGUAAGGAUGAUUACAACUUGCAGGCAAUCAAAGUUACAAUCUUGGCUGAAAUUCAAGA